AUGUCGUUCAUUGAGGUUAAAGCCGACUCGGACUUCUCCAUCCACAACAUUCCCUUCGGAAUCAUCUCCACCACCCAGAACGCUGCUCCCCGUGUCGCCACUCGAAUCGGUGACUAUGCCGUCGAUCUGUCCAUCCUCGCCCAGGCUGGCCUCUUCUCCCCAGUCCAGGGCUUGAACGACCCCCAGGGAGUGUUCUCUCAGCCCACAUUGAACUUGUUCAUGUCUUUGGGCAAGCCCGUCUGGACCGCAACCCGCAACCACAUCCAGAAGCUCCUCUCCUCCUCCGAGGCCACCCUCCGUGAUAACCAAGAGCUCAUCCAGCGCGCGGUCUUCCCCAUUUCCCAGGUCAAGACCCACCUCCCCGCCAACAUUGGUGACUACACCGAUUUCUAUGCCUCGAAGGAGCAUGCCACUAAUGUCGGAAUCAUGUUCCGUGGCAAGGAGAACGCUCUGAUGCCCAACUGGACCCACCUCCCUGUCGGUUACCACGGUCGUGCCUCGUCCGUUGUGAUCACUGGUACAGAGUUGAAGCGCCCCCAGGGUCAGCGUGUCGUUGUCAAGGGUGAGGCUCCUCAGUACGGUCCUUCCCUUCGUAUGGACUGCGAGCUCGAGAUGGCUUUCUUGGUUGGCACUGGCAACAACUUGGGCGAGCCCAUCACGAUCGAGAAUGCCAAGGACCACAUGUUUGGUGUCGUCCUCAUGAACGACUGGAGUGCCCGCGAUAUCCAGGCUUGGGAGUACGUUCCUCUGGGACCCUUCCUCGGCAAGAACUUCGGUACGACCGUCUCGGCCUGGGUUGUGACCAUGGACGCUCUUGAGCCUUUCUUGGUCAACGGCCCCGCUCAGGACCCUAAGCCCAUGGCCUACUUGGCCGAGUCGACCGCUUCGGCCUACGACAUCAACUUGGAGAUCAAGUUGAAGCCUGCUGAGAGCUCCAAGUACUCGGUGAUCUCGCGCUCAAACUUGAAGUACAUGUACUGGUCCUUUGCUCAGCAGUUGACCCACCACACCGUCAACGGAUGCAACAUGCGCACUGGUGAUCUCUGCGGUUCUGGCACCAUCUCGGGUCCCACCGAGGACUCUUUCGGAUCGAUGCUUGAGUUGUCGUGGAGCGGCGCCAAGGAGAUUCAGUUGGAUGAUGGCAUCACUCGCAAGUUCUUGAACGAUAACGAUGAGAUGAUCUUGUUGGGCUGGUGCGAGAAGGAUGGCGUCCGUGUUGGAUUUGGAGAGUGCCACGGCAAGAUCCUUCCCUCCAACAAGUAA